CGUGCCCUUCUCCUCUUCGGUCGCCGAGCAGGACAUGGUCUACAUUCCCUCCGAGGAGUUCCCCAGGUCCCUUUUCCCAGGUUUCGAAGGAAGAUUUCUUCUGGAUAACUUGAAGCCUCACAUUCUAGCUGCUUUAAAGGAAGCUGCCCAAACCAGAGGAAGGCCCUGUACUCAGCUGCAGCUUCUAAACCCGGAACGAUUUGCACGUCUUAUCAAAGAAGUGAUGAAUUCCCUCUGGCCAGGCAGAGACCUGCUCGUUCAAUGGCAUCCCUUCAGUGAAGACAGAAACCACCCCCCUGCUGCGUGGCUCCAGAUGGUCUGGAAGACCCUCUACAUACACUUUCCAGAAGACUUGUCUUUGUUUGAGGAGAUGCCGCUGAUCCCCAGAACGGCUCUUGAAGAAGGCCAGGCGUGUGUGGACCUCAUUCGACUCAGGAUCCCAUCAUUUGUUAUUUUGGAUGACGACGCGGAAGCACAGCUUCCGGACCUUUUAGCCGACAUUGUACAGAAGCUCGGAGGGAUCGUCCUUCAACGACUGGAUGCCGCCAUCCAGCAUCCGCUGAUUAAGAAGUAUGUGCAUUCUCCAUUGCCAAGUGCUGUGUUGCAGAUCAUGGAGAAGAUGCCCAUGCCGAAGCUGUGCAACCAGAUUGCUUCGCUACUUCCGACGCACAAAGAUGCCCUGAGGAAGUUCUUCUCGAGUUUAACGGAUGUCAGUGAGAAGGAGAAAAGGAUAAUCCAGGAAUUACCUAUAUUCCAGAGGGUUAACCACUCAUCUGGCCAGGGAGUGCCCUCUUACGCCAAAUUGAAAGGUUGCAAAGUCUUGCACCAUACUGCCAAGCUCCCGCCCAACCUACGCCUUUCUCUCUCCAUAAUCGACGGCAGCGAUGGGGCUACGAUUCGCUUGGCAAACAUGCUGAAAAUAGAGAAGCUGAGGACCACUAGCUGCUUAAAGCUGGUUUUAAAAGACAUCGACAAUGCCUUUUAUCCCCCCGAAGAGCUACAGCAGCUGAUGUUAUGGGUCCUUGAGAAUCUGUCCUCCCUUAAGAAGGAGAAUUCAAAUGUGAUCCAGUGGUUGGUGCCCUUGAAAUUCAUUCAGAUUCCUCAGGAACGGAUGGUGGCUGCUAGUGAACUCUUCGACCCUGAUCUAGAAGUACUGCAGGACCUCUUUUAUAGCGAAGAAGAAACCCAUUUCCCGCCUUCAGGCUUUACCUCACCAGACGUGCUUCAUUCUUUAAGGCAGAUUGGCUUAAAAAACGAAGCUGGUCUCAAAGAGAAAAACAUCGUGCAAGCGGCAGGAAGAAUCGCGGCCCUGCAGGCCAGUUCUUGUCCGAAUCAGGAGGCUCUCUUAAAGAAAGCCAAGACUCUCCUGCUGGUUUUAAAUAAGAACCACACAUUGCUGCAGUCGCCUGAAGGGAAGACGACCCUGAAGAAGCUAAAGUGGGUGCCGGCCUGCAAGGACCGGCCUCCAAAUUACCCAGGGUCAUUAGUCUGGAAGGGCGACCUCUGCGACCUCUGUGCACCGCCAGACAUGUGCGAUGCCACUCAUGCGAUUCUGGUUGGCUCAUCAGCGCCUCUCGUUGAGAGUGUCCACGCGGACUUGGAAGAAGCACUAGGCAUUUUCACAAAACCCAGCAUCCACGCUGUCUUAAAACACUUCAAAGUUGUCGUGGAUUGGUACACGUCGAAGACCUUCAGUGAUGAAGACUACUACCAGUUCCAGCACAUCUUGCUCGAAAUUUACGGGUUCAUGCACGACCAUCUCGAUGAAGGCAAAGAUUCCUUUCGGGCCUUAACGUUUCCUUGGGUCUGGACCGGCAAGAAGUUUUGCCCCCUUGCCCAAGCCGUGAUACAACCCAUCCACGACCUGGACCUCCAGCCUUAUCUGCACAGUGUGCCUAAAACCAUGGCCAAGUUCCACCAGCUGUUCAAAGCCUGUGGGUCUAUAGAGGAGCUGACGUCAGACCACAUUUCCAUGGUCAUCCAGAAGGUCUAUCUCAAGAGCGACGAAGAGCUCAGCGAACAGGAGAGCAAGCAGCAUCUCCACCUCAUGCUGAACAUCAUCAGAUGGCUAUACAGCAGUCAGAUCCCAGCCAGCCCUGACACGCCGGUCCCCAUACACCACAGCAAAAGCCCGUCCAAGCUCGUCAUGAAGCCCAUUCACGAGUGCUGCUACUGCGACAUCAAAGUCGACGACCUCCACGACCUGCUGGAAGACGCGGCGGAGCCCAUCCUCCUGGUGCACGAGGACAUACCCAUGAAGACCGCCGAGUGGCUGAAGGUGCCCUGCCUCAGCACAAGACUCAUUAACCCCGAGAACAUGGGGUUCGAGCAGUCGGGGCAGCGCGAGCCGCUCACGGUCAGGAUAAAAAACAUCCUGGAGGAAUACCCUUCCGUGUCCGACAUCUUCAAGGAGCUGCUGCAGAAUGCUGACGACGCCAAUGCCACCGAGUGCAGCUUCAUGAUUGACCUGCGGAGGAACAUGGACAUCAGGGAGAACCUCCUGGACCCUGGCAUGGCAGCCUGCCACGGCCCCGCUCUGUGGUCCUUCAACAAUUCGGAGUUCUCCGAUUCGGAUUUUGUGAAUAUCACCAGGCUGGGGGAAUCCUUAAAGAGAGGGGAGGUGGACAAGGUGGGGAAAUUCGGCCUGGGCUUCAAUUCCGUGUACCACAUCACCGACAUUCCCAUCAUCAUGAGCCGGGAAUUCAUGAUCAUGUUUGAUCCCAACAUCAACCACAUCAGCAAGCACAUUAAAGACAAAUCUAAUCCCGGGAUCAAGAUCAACUGGAGUAAGCAACAGAAACGCCUGAGGAAGUUUCCCAACCAGUUCAAGCCCUUCAUCGAUGUGUUUGGCUGCCAGCUGCCUCUGACGGUGGAGGCGCCCUACAGCUACAAGGGGACCCUCUUCCGGCUCUCCUUCAGGACGCAACAGGAAGCCAAGGUGAGCGAAGUCAGCGGCACGUGCUACAACACGGCGGACAUUUACGCGCUAGUGGACGAGUUCAGCCUCUGCGGGCACAGGCUGAUCCUCUUCACGCAGAGCGUGAACUCCAUGCACUUGAAAUACUUGAAGAUCGAGGAGUCCAAUCCCAGCUUGGCCCAGGAUACCAUCAUCAUCAAAAAGCAGCUCUGCGCCUCCAAAGCCCUGCAGGCGCCCGCGGUCAGCGUGCUCAAGGAAGCCGCCAAGCUUAUGAAGACUUGCAACGGCAGCGGCAAAAAGCUCCCUGCAGACGCGCCCAAGGCGGCCUGCAUCCUCCGCAUCACCGUGGAGGAGUUCCACCACGUGUUCAGGAGGAUCGCCGAUUUGCACUCGCCCCUCUUCCGGGGCCCGGAGGAGGACCCCGCCACCAUCUUCGAGAUGGCGAAAGCCGGCCUGGCCAAGAAGCCGCCGGCAUCAGACGAACUGCCGCAGAAGACGGUGGAGUGCACCACCUGGCUCCUGUGCACCUGCAUGGACACCGGGGACGCCCUCAAGUUCUCCCUGAGCGAAAGCGGCAGGAGGCUCGGGCUCGUCCCCUGCGGGUCCGUGGGCGUGCUGCUCUCUGAAGCGCAGGGCCAGAAGUGGCUGGUGAAGCCACACAUGGGCGAGGUCUUCUGCUAUCUACCUCUACGCAUCAAAACCGGCCUGCCCGUCCACAUCAACGGGUGCUUUGCGGUGACCUCCAAUCGGAAGGAGAUCUGGAAGACGGACACAAAGGGGCGGUGGAACGCCACCUUCAUGAGGCACGUGGUGGUGAGAGCCUAUCUGGAGGCGCUCAGCGUCCUGCGGGACCUGGCCGCGAGUGGGGAGCUGGUGGACUACGCGUACCAUGCGGUGUGGCCUGACCCCGAGCUGGUGCACGACGACUUCUCAGUCCUCUGCCACGGCUUCUAUGAAGACAUCGCCCACGGCAAAGGCAAGGAGCUGACCAGGGUCUUCUCGGACGGGUCGACGUGGGUCUCCAUGCAGGACGUGAGGUUCCUCGACGACGCGAUACUCCAGAGGAAAGACGUCGGCCCCGCAGCCUUCAGGAUAUUUUUGAAAUACCUCAAGAAGACCGGCUCUAAAGCCCUCUGUGCGGUUGAGCUCCCCGCGGCGGUCAAGCGGGGCUUCGAGGCGGCGGGCUGCAGGCAGAUACUCUCGGAGAACACCUUUUCCGAGAAGCAGUUCUUCUCCGAAGUGUUUUUCCCAAACAUCCGGGAGAUCGAGGCCCGCUUUCGCGAUCCCUUAAUGAACUUUGUCCUGCACGAGAAAAUUGACGAGUUCUCGGGGAUCCUGCGCAUCACGCCCUGCAUCCCCUGCUCGCUGGAGGGCCACCCUCUGGUCUUGCCCUCCCGGCUGAUCCACCCAGAGGGGCGGGUGGCCAAGCUGUUUGACACCAAGGACGGGCGGUUCCCUUACGGCUCCACGCAGGAUUACCUGAACCCCAUUAUUUUGAUCAAGCUGGUCCAGCUGGGGAUGGCGAAGGACGACAUUCUGUGGGACGACAUGCUGGAGCGAGCGGAGUCAGUCGCCGCCAUCAAUAAAAGUGACCAUGCCGCGGCCUGCUUGCGGAGCAGCAUCCUGCUCAGCCUCAUUGACGAGAAGCUCAAAAUCAGGGACCCCCGAGCGAAGGACUUCGCCGUGCGGUUCCAAACCAUCCCCUUCCUGCCCUUCCUCACCAAGCCCGCCGGCUUCUCCCUGGAGUGGCGAGGCAACCGCUUCAAGCCCGAAACCAUGUUCGCCGCCACCGAGCUGUACACGGCCGAGCACCAGGAUGUGGUGUGUCUCCUGCAGCCAAUCCUCAACGAGAACUCCCCGGCCUUCCGGGGCUGUGGCUCGGUGUCCCUGGCCGUCAGAGAGUUUCUGGGCUUGCUGAAGAAGCCCACCGUGGAGCUGGUCAUCGACCAGUUGAGACAAGUGGCCAAGGCGGUGGAGGACAGCGUCACCCUGUACCAGGAGACUAUCACCAACGCCUGCUACAAGUACCUGCACGAGGCCCUGGCCCAGAACGACACCGUGAGGUCAUCGAUCGUGGACACGCUGAAGCCAUGUGCCUUCAUUCUGGUGGAGAACGCCUACGUGGCCCCCGACAAGGUCUCCUUCCACCUGAACUUUGAGGCAGCGCCAUAUCUCCACCAGCUGCCCAACAAGUACAGAAACAACUUCCGCGAGCUGUUUGAGGGCGUGGGCGUGCGGCCGUCAUUCACCGUGGAGGAUUUCGCCCAGGUCCUGGAGGCCGUGGACCAGGAGAGGGGCGACAAGCCCAUCACCGAAGAGAAGUUCCAGCUCUGCCGGCGCAUCAUCAGCGAAGGGGUGUGGGGCCUCAUCAGGGAGAAGAAGCCGGAGUUCUGCCAGAAGAAAUACGGCAAGCUCUUACUGCCGGACACCAACCUGGCCCUUCUCCCUGCCAGGGCGCUGUGCUACAACGACUGCCCCUGGAUCAACGUGAAGGAUUCCAGCGUCAAGUACUGCCACGCGGACAUCCCUCGGGAGGUGGCUGUCAAGCUAGGGGCUGUCCCGAAGCGCCACAAAGCCCUGGAGAGGUACGCCUCCAAUGUGUGCUUCACCGCCCUGGGCACCGAGUUUGGGCAGAAGGAGAAGCUGACGAGCAGGAUCAAGAGCAUCCUGAACGCCUACCCGUCCGAGAAGGAGAUGCUGAAGGAGCUGCUGCAGAACGCCGACGACGCCAAGGCCACCGAGAUCUGCUUCGUCUUCGACCCACGGCAGCACCCCGUGGACCGGAUCUUCGACGACAAGUGGGCGCCGCUGCAGGGGCCCGCCUUGUGCGUGUACAACAACCAGCCCUUUACGGAGGACGACGUCCGCGGCAUUCAGAACCUGGGCAAGGGCACCAAGGAGGGGAACCCGUGCAAGACGGGCCAGUACGGGAUCGGCUUCAACUCCGUGUACCACCUCACCGACUGCCCCUCCUUCAUCUCCGGCAAUGACAUUCUGUGCAUCUUCGACCCACACGCCCGCUACGCCCCAGGAGCCACCUCCGUCAGCCCGGGGCGCAUGUUCCGGGACCUGGAUGAGGACUUCCGGACGCAGUUCUCCGACGUCCUGGACCUCUACCUGGGGGACCACUUCCAGCUGGACAACUGCACCAUGUUCCGGUUCCCCCUCCGCAACGCGGACAUGGCCAAGGUCUCGGAGAUCUCCUCUGUCCCGUCCUCGGACCGCAUGGUCCAGAAUCUCCUGGACAAGCUGCGCUCGGACGGGGCGGAGCUCCUCAUGUUUCUGAACCACAUGGAGAAGAUUUCCAUCUGCGAGAUUGACAAGGCGAGCGGCGACCUCCGCGUGCUGUACUCGGUGAAGGGCCGGAUCACCGACGGGGACCGGCUGAAGAGGAAGCAGUUCCACGCCUCGGUCAUGGACAGUGUGGCCAAGAAGAGGCAGCUCCGAGACAUCCCCGUCCAGCAGAUCACCUACACCCUGGACACGGAGGACUCGGAGGGGAACCUCACCACCUGGCUGGUUUGCAACCGGUCCGGCUUCUCCAGCAUGGACAAGGUGUCCAAGGGCGUCGUGUCGGCCCACAAGAACCAAGACAUCACCCUUUUCCCACGGGGCGGAGUAGCUGCCUGCAUCACCCACAACUACAAGAAGCCCCACCGGGCCUUCUGCUUCCUGCCCCUCGCCCUGGAGACGGGGCUGCCCUUCCACGUGAACGGCCACUUCGCGCUGGACUCGGCGCGGAGGAACCUGUGGCGGGACGACAACGGUGUGGGCGUCCGCAGCGACUGGAACAGCAGCCUGAUGACGGCCGUGAUCGCCCCGGCCUACGUGGAGCUGCUCGUCCAGUUAAAGAGGCGCUACUUCCCGGGCCCCGACCCCACCAUGUCGGUCCUGCAGAACACGCCCAUGCACGUGGUCAAGGACACCUUGAAGAAGUUCCUGUCCUUCUUCCCCGUCAACCGGCUGGACCUGCAGCCUGACCUGUACUGCCUGGUGAAAGCCCUGUACGGCUGCAUCCACGAAGACCUGAAGCGCCUCCUGCCCGUGGUGCGGGCCCCCAACCUCGACGGCGCCGACCUGCACUCGGCCGUCAUCAUCACCUGGAUCAACAUGGCCACCGCCCACAAGACGCGGCCCUUCUUUGACAACCUGCUCCAGGACGAGUUACAGCACCUGAAGAACGCGGACUACAACAUCACCACCCGCAAGACGGUGGCGGAGAACGUCUACCGGCUCAAGCACCUCCUGCUGGAGAUUGGCUUCAACCUGGUUUACAACUGCGACGAGACGGCCAACCUCUACCACUGCCUCAUUGACGCGGACAUCCCCGUGAGCUACGUCACCCCGGCCGACGUCCGGGCCUUCCUGAUGACCUUCUCCUCUGCCGACACCACCUGCCACAUCGGGAAGCUGCCCUGCCGCCUGCAGCAGACCAACCUGAAGCUGUUCCACAGCUUGAAGCUCCUCGUUGAUUACUGCUUCAAGGACGCAGAAGAGAGUGAGAUUGAGGUGGAGGGGCUGCCCCUCCUCAUCACCCUGGACAGCGUCCUGCAGACUUUCGACGCCAAGCGCCCCAAGUUCCUCACCACCUAUCACGAGCUGAUCCCGUCUCGCAAAGACCAGUUCAUGAACACGUUGUAUCUGAAGUACAGUCACAUCCUGCUGAGCCGCCGCGUCGCCAAAGUGUUCGACAUGUCCAGCUUCGCCGACCUGCUGCCCUCCGUGCUGCCCCGGGAAUACAAGACCAAAAGCUGCACGCGCUGGAAGGAGAACUUCGCCAGCGAGUCCUGGCUCAAGAACGCCUGGCACUUCAUCAGCGAGUUGGUGAGCGGGAAAGACGACCAGGCGGAAGCACAGCCCGCCUUCGACGUCGUCGUCGACACCCUGAAGGACUGGGCGCUGCUUCCGGGCACCAAGUUUACUGUCUCCGCCAACCAGCUCGUGGUUCCGGAAGGCGACGUCCUGCUCCCUCUGAGCCUGAUGCACAUCGCAGUCUUCCCAAAUGCCCAGACCGACAAAGUCUUCCAUGCCCUGAUGAAAGCCGGCUGUAUCCAGCUCGCCCUGAACAAGAUCUGCUCCAAAGACAGCGCCUUCGUCCCCUUGCUGUCAGGCCACACGGCGAACAUCGAGAGCCCCGGCAGCAUCUUGAAGGCCGUGCACUACAUGGUCCAGACCUCGACCUUUCGCAGCGAGAAGCUGGUUGAGAGCGACUUUGAGGCGCUUCUGAUGUACUUCAACUGUCACCUGAGCCACCUGAUGGCUCAGGAUGACAUCAGAGUCUUAAAGUCCCUCCCCUGUUACAGAUCCAUCAGCGGCCGGUACACGAGCACCGCAAAGUUUGGGACCUGCUAUGUGCUGACCAAGAGCAUCCCUUCUGCCGAAGUGGAAAAGUGGACGCAGUCCUCGUCAUCUGCCUUCCUCGAAGAAAAAGCUCACCUGCGGGAGCUCUACGCGCUGGUGGGCUGCAUCCCCGUGGAUGACCUGGAGGUGUACUUGAAACACCUCUUACCCAAAAUCGAGAACCUCUCUUACGAUGCAAAGCUGGAGCACCUGAUCUAUCUUAAGAACAGACUCUCUGGCAUCGAGGAAGCGUCGGAGAUCAAGGAGCAGCUGUUUGAAAAACUGGAAAGCCUGCUGGUCAUCCAUGACGCCAACGGGCGGCUCAGGCAGGCCAAGCAUUUCUACGACCGAACCGUGAAGGUGUUUGAGGUCAUGCUUCCCGAAAAGCUGUUCAUUCCAAAGGAUUUCUUUAAGAAGCUGGAGCAACUCAUAAAGCCCAAGAGCCACGCUGCCUUCAUGACCUCCUGGGUGGAAUUCCUCAGAAACGUCGGGCUGAAACACGUGCUUUCCCAGCAGCAGUUGCUGCAGUUUGCCAAGGAGAUCAGCGUGCGAGCCAACACGGAGAACUGGUCCAAGGAAACCUUGCAGACCACGGUGGACAUCCUCCUCCAUCACAUAUUCCAGGAACGCACGGACAUGCUCUCGGGGAAUUUCCUGAAAGAACUGUCCCUGAUACCCUUCUUGUGCCCCGAGAGGGCCCCGGCCGAGUUCAUCCGCUUCCACCCGCAGUACCAAGAGGUGAACGGGACCCUUCCCCUUAUCAAAUUCAACGGGGCCCAGGUCAACCCUAAGUUCAAGCAGUGCGAUGUGCUGCAGCUGUUGUGGACCUCCUGCCCUAUCCUCCCAGAGAAGGCGACCCCCUUAGCGAUCAGAGAGCAGGAAGGCAGUGAACUUGGCCCCCAGGAGCAGCUGGAGCAAGUGCUAAGCCUGCUCAACGUGAACUCGGACCCCCCCCUCGACAAGGUCAUCCACAACUGCAGGAACGUGUGCAACAUUACGACCCUGGAUGAGGACAUGGUGAAGACCAGAGCCAAGGUCUUGCGGAGCAUCUAUGAGUUUCUCAGUGCAGACAAGAGGGAGUUCCGCUUCCAGCUGCGGGGGGUUGCCUUCGUGAUGGUGGAAGACGGCUGGAAGCUCCUGAAGCCGGAGGAGGUCGUGAUCAACCUGGAGUACGAGUCCGAUUUUAAACCCUAUCUGUACAAGCUGCCUCUGGAGCUCGGCACCUUUCACCAGCUGUUCAAACGCCUCGGCACCGAAGAUGUCAUUUCCACCAAGCAGUACGUGGAGGUGUUGAGCCGCAUAUUCAAGAAUUCUGAGGGAAAGCAAUUGGAUCCCAAUGAAAUGCGGACAGUGAAGAGGGUCGUCUCCGGCCUCUUCAAGAGCCUCCAAAACGACUCCGUCAAGGUCAGAAGCGACCUCGAGAAUGCUCGGGACCUUGUCCUGUACCUGCCCAGCCAGGGCGGGCGGCUGGUGAAGUCCAGCACCUUGGUGUUUGACGACGCGCCGCAUUACAAGAGUCGGAUCCAGGGCAACAUCGGUGUCCCAAUGCUGGUGGACCUUAGCCAGUGUUACCUGGGGAAGGACCACGGCUUCCACACGAAGCUGAUCAUGCUCUUCCCCCAAAAGCUCCGGCCCCGCCUGCUGAGCAGCAUCCUGGAAGAGCAGCUGGACGAGGAGAGCCCCAGAGCCUGCCAGUUCGGCGCCCUGUGCUCUCUGCAGGGCAGGCUGCAGCUGCUCCUCUCGUCCGAGCAGUUCAUCACGGGGCUGAUCCGCAUCAUGAAGCACGAGAACGACAACGCUUUCCUGGCCAACGAGGAGAAGGCCGUGAAGCUCUGCAAAGCCCUCCGCGAAGGCCUGAAGGUCUCCUGCUUCGAGAAGCUGCGAACCACGCUGCGCGUCAAAGGCUUCAGCCCCAUCCCCCACAGCAGAAGCGAGACGUUCGCCUUUCUGAAGCGGUUCGGCCAGGCCGUCGUCCUGCUCUACAUUCAGCACUCGGACAGCAAGGACAUUAACUUCCUCCUGGCGCUGGCCAUGGCGCUCAAGUCGGCCACGGACAACCUGAUCUCGGACACCUCCUAUCUGAUUGCCAUGCUGGGGUGCAACGACAUCUACAGGAUCAGCGAGAAACUGGACAGCCUGGGCGUGAAGUACGACUCGUCGGAGCCGUCCACGCUCGAGCUCCCCAUGCCCGGCACCCCUAUUCCCGCCGAGAUCCACUACACCCUGCUCAUGGACCCGAUGAACGUCUUCUACCCCGGAGAGUACGUCGGCUACCUGGUGGAUGCGGAAGGCGGCGACAUCUACGGCUCGUACCAGCCCACGUACACCUACGCCAUCAUCGUCCAGGAGGUGGUGCGAGAGGAUGCAGACAGCUGCAGCUUCCUGGGGAAGAUCUACCAGAUCGACAUCGGCUACAGCGAGUACAAGAUCGUCAGCUCUCUGGACCUGUAUAAGUUCUCCCGGCCGGACGAAAGUGCUCACAGCCGGGACAGCGCUCCGUCCACCCCGACUAGCCCGACGGAGUUCCUGGCCCCCGGCGUUCGGAGCAUCCCCUCGCUCUUCUCCUCCGCCAGGGAGACCCCCAAGGCCCCUGCCUCCAAGCACCAUUCCCCCAAGAAGCUGAAGGCUCCCUCCCUGCCGGAGAUCCUCAAGGAGGUGACGGCCGUGGUGGAGCAGGCCUGGAAGCUGCCGGAGCCCGAGAGAAAGAAGAUCAUCCGGCGGCUCUAUCUGAAAUGGCACCCGGACAAGAACCCCGAGAACCACGACAUGGCCAACGAGGUCUUCAAGCAUCUGCAGAACGAGAUCAACAGGCUGGAGAAGCAGGCCUUUCACGAGCAGAACGCAGACCGAGCCUCCCGGCGGACCUUCUCCACGUCGGCCUCCCGCUUCCAGUCGGACAAGUACUCCUUCCAAAGAUUCUACACCUCCUGGAACCAGGAGGCCACGAGCCAUAAGUCUGAGAGGCAGCAGCAGAGAGGGGACAGGUGCCCGCCGACGACCGCCGGGCAGACCUACUCCCAGAGGUUCUUCGUGCCCCCCACCUUCAAGUCGGUCGGCAACCCCGUGGAAGCCCGCAGGUGGCUGAGGCAAGCCAGGGCCAACUUUUCGGCCGCGAGAAACGACCUCCACAAAAACGCCAACGAGUGGGUCUGCUUCAAGUGCUACCUUUCCACCAAGCUGGCCCUUAUCGCGGCCGACUACGCCGUGCGGGGCAAGUCUGACAAGGACGUGAAGCCCACCGCCCUGGCGCAGAAGAUCGAGGAGUACAGCCAGCAGCUGGAGGGGCUGACCAGCGACGUCCACACCCUGGAGGCCUACGGCGUCGACAGCCUGAAGACGCGGUACCCGGACUUGCUGCCUUUCCCACAGAUCCCCAACGACAGGUUCACCUCCGAGGUGGCGAUGAGGGUGAUGGAGUGCACUGCCUGCAUCAUCAUCAAACUGGAGAAUUUCAUACAGCAGAAGGUGUGAGGCGCUUCCGGGAAGGGAAGGAGCCAGCGGGCAGAGAGCUCUCUGCAAAGGAGUGGCGCACAGGUGGGCCACGUUGCAUCUCCUUAAGCUUCACCCACAGCUAGCCACCUCUCCCCAUCAGAAACCGUGACGCACAUGGCAGAUGGCUCUGCGCGGGGCGCUUGACACAUCAGGAAGACCUCAGCUGGACACGAAGGGACGUUGUUUGUGGAGAAGGUGGUGCGGACGGGGAGGACGCUGGCUGGACCCCAGAAGGGCUAAGGACAGUGUGUUUUUGCCGUGCACUUUACAUAACCAAAGCUUCAGCGGUCUCUUCCAUACAGGUCUGUCUCUGUGAUGUCUCGGGUUGGGAUGAGGUUGUUGUCAUGUCUGUAACGUGCUGUUGUUGGAGGCGCUAACAAGACACGCCGACGGAUCGUGAGGUUUAAACAAGUGAAGGAGAUUCCGUCCUUGGAGUUUAGCUGCUGCUGCUUUUUUUUUAUUAAUUAAAAUGGAUCCUCUUUUGGGUGCAUUGUUUUCUUAUCAGCUGGAUCUGAUUAUGAUUGUGUUGCAACUUUACAUCUUCGGUUAUUUAAAACCAACCAACCAAGGUACAGCAUUCUAAUCCUGAAUAUGACUUGAUGGAGAGUAGGCAGAUAGAACUUUCCGGAGUGCUCCCAGUGCACUUGGCGUCUUUUAUUUUCCCAGCGUCUUCUCCGCCUGCUGCGUUUACAGGCCUCCCAGUUGAUGGGGAUUACAUAGAGGGAAACUCAAUGUGGUGGCCGCUCUCCCAAUCAGAUGUCAUCACCGUCUCGGAAAACGGCUCACCAAUCCAUGGUCAGAAGCACCCGUGGUCAGAAGCACCCGCUGUCCGUCUGUCCGUCCGUGCCCAGAGCCCCCCCACGUGUCACUGUGUGUGUGCUGCAGGUUGAAGGGGAUCCCGAAGACUCUCCUGUGAGGUCUUCACGGUGCUGCAGAUUAAAAAAAAAAAGUCUUUCAGUAUGGCACUUGGUGGUUUGUUUUUCUUUCCCCUCUCUAACUUUAAAACAAAACAAAGAGUUGUAGAAAACUUAUGACAAAUGUCCAGUUGCUUUAUUUAAAAAAUGAAUGGUCUCUGAGCUGUCUCAUCCGCUGGCCCACGAACGAAUGAUUCAGAACGGCAUCUACUCUUCAGCAAGCUCAAGCACUGUGCACACUCACGAACACGUUUCCUUUUGCAGAAAGCACAAGAAAGACAGAUCCCGAUCAUGAGCUCAUGGAAGCGUACCAACUGUAAAUGAUGCUAAAAGUGUUAAUUAUAUGCAAUGAAGGCCUUAGGGAAUAUGUUAAGACUUUUUUUUUUACUGUUGUUGGUAAAAAAGGAAUGCUUGCGCCUCAAAAAUUGUAUUGCUUCUGGUUGUGAAGCUAAGUAAUUAUUUCUGCUGUUCUAUUAAGUGCCAUAAUUUUAAUAAACUAAAAAUGUACAAACGGA